GGAGCUGACAGAGUCAUCAAGAUCAGUAGAAAUCUAGCUGUUUCAAAAACCUCAACAACUCAAACUCUCCUAAGAUGAAGACAUUCAGCAUUGCAGUUGCAGUGGCCGUUGUGCUCACCUUUAUUUGCAUUCAGGAGAACUCUGCUGUCCCAGUCGUUGAAGUGCACGGGAUGGAGGUGAUGAUGAGCGACGGCGCUCCACUUGCUGCAGAUAGCGAGGCAGCAUUGGCCUUGUGGGAGGUGCUUCGCAGACAGAAGCGUGGACUUUAUUGUGGCCGGUGCUGCGACAACGGCGUCUGCAGAAAGUGCUGUUAUGCAUGAUGCUGAA